AAUAUACCAAAUUAAAAUGCACUUAUUUACAUUUAAGAAAAUUCGAGGUUUUCCACUUUAAGCAAAAAAAAGUCGAGGGUUUUGAUUCCUUCAAUGGCGAAACAAGCUGCCUCUUCACUUCCUCCUCUACUGGAACUUGGUUUUAUAGAAGACUUGGAGGGUGACUUAAUGGAAGAGGGAGCGGAAUCUGGUUGGGCUGAGGCCCGUACAUCGUGCGAUCACUUGGCUUCCCUGUCUUCUGAUCUUUUCCACAUACCCACUCCUGAUACGCUUUGCAACAGGUGCGAACAUCCUAGGGAGAAUUGGCUAUGUCUUCACUGUAAGGAUGUCCUGUGCAGUCGUUUUGUGAACAAGCAUAUGCUUCAGCAUUUUCAGCAAACUGGCCAUUGUUUAGCACUUAGCUAUAGUGACCUCUCAGUUUGGUGUUUUUCCUGCGAUUCGUAUUUGGAUGCACAAGUGAUUCUGAAAUUGCGGCCAGUUUAUGAGACUGCUUAUGUUAUCAAAUUUGGAGUGGCACCACCAUUUCGUUCAGUUGAAAACUCCAAUGUCCAAGAUGCUGGUGCCGAGGCUGGAUCAUCUGGCGGCUAAAUUUCGUCCUAGGGCAUAUUACUUUUUCUCCCGGUUUCUCCAUCCAAAUUUUUUAUAUUUAGGAUAGGGUUUUACUCUGAACGGGAUGUAGCAUACCUAGAAUAUAUAAACAGGUUUUCUCGUGUCAAAUAAAAUUUGAUUUUACAACAGUGGAUUUGUUGUUACGAGUUGAUACGUGAUUAUGGAGCUGCAUGCCGGCUGAAGGUUUAGGGCUAGUCGAUCAUACUUGGUCUUCUCUGUUUAUCUAGCCACCUUUAAUGGCAAGCUCGAAUGAAGGUGGAGGCCUAGCCUUUUCUAAGCACGCGGUUAACUCAUUAUGAAAUAAAAUGGUGUCCUUUUCUUUCUUUUUCCC